AUGGGGAACGACAUGAAUUUAAACCCAGUCGAGUCGGCGCAAUCCCUCGCUUCAACCUUCUCGCCCAUACACGAGGUCUUAUUCAUUGCCAUUGUUUGCAUGGGUCAAUUUAUGACCCAAACCAAUAUCGGAGUAUGUCUUUCGCCACUUGAUAUUAUCGGCGAGAGCUUUGGUAUCGAUGACCCUGGCGUUUUGAGCUGGUUCAUGGCUGGGUACUCGUUGACUGUUGGCACAUUCAUCUUGGUGUCUGGCCGGUGCGGCGAUCUCUUCGGUUAUCGUCGAAUUUUUAUCAUUGGAUUUUGUUGGGUUGCGCUCUGGUCUCUUGUCGCAGGUCUCAGCGUCUAUUCGAACUAUAUCCUGUUCAUCUUUGCACGUGUUUUCCAAGGCAUCGGUGGCGCAUUGCUGAUGCCCAACGCAUUGGCUCUUCUUGGAGCUACAUACCAACCAGGGAAGAGAAAGAAUAUGGUUUUCGCCGUCUUUGGGGCCACUGCCCCAAACAGUGCCCUUUUGGGGGCUCUCUUCGGUGCCAUAUUCUCUCAGUUGGCUUGGUGGCCCUGGACAUAUUGGACACAGGCUAUUGUUGCCCUCUGUUGCGCAGCAUUAGGCCUGCUUGUGAUCCCGUCCACUCACCAUGGCACCCCCUUUAACAAAUCAUUCAUGGGGCUACUCAAAGCUCUCGAUUUACUCGGUGGAGCUUGCGGUAUCGGUGGCCUAGUGCUUGUAAACAUUGCAUGGAACCAGGCGCCUAUCGUGGGAUGGAGCGAGCCUUACAUCUACAUCCUUCUGAUCAUUGGAAUUUUGCUGAUUGCCGCCUUCUUCUAUGUCGAAUUCCGAGUGGCUGAACAUCCCCUCAUUCCGUUCCACGCAUUCAGUCGCGAUGUCUCGUUUGUCCUUGGCUGUGUCGCCUGCGGUUGGGGCUCAUUUGGGAUUUGGAUCUACUACUUCUGGCGAUUUGAAGAGGUGUUCCGCCAGGUGACUCCUCUCGUAGCAUCUGCCCAUUUCGUUCCCGUUGGCCCUGUGGGUAUCGCCGCAUGUGUUGUUACCGGGUGGCUGAUGGGCCGGAUGCGCCCCGCCCUGAUCAUGGUGUUGUCGAUGAGUGCAUUCACAUUAGGCAAUGUUUUGAUAGCGAUAGCACCAGUGCACCAAACCUAUUGGGCACUGACAUUUGUUUGCUUGUUGGUUACCCCUUGGGGUAUGGAUAUGUCUUUCCCUGCGGCGACUCUGAUGUUGUCGAAUGCAGUUGAGCGCAAGCAUCAGGGUGUCGCUGCAUCACUGGUGACUACUGUUGUCAACUACAGUAUAUCGCUGAGUUUGGGACUCGCCGGAACUGUGGAAGUCCAUGUCAACAAUGGAGGCCACACUCCGGACAAUGUUCUGAAAGGAUACAGGGGCGCGUUAUAUUUAGCCGUUGGUCUUGGUGGGCUGGGGAUGUUCCUGAGUGCGAUCUACGCAUUUAAUGGUUGGCAAGCCGAGAGACAGUCAGUGAAUGUCAAGAGUGAGGAAGCUUGA